AUGUCUCAGGUUGAUAACAGAAAUUCCUCAGCUGCUAAGCGUGCCAGGACUGAUGGUAGCCGCAGGGAAGAUGACUGGACAUGCCCCAGCUGUGGCAAUGUCAAUUUCUCGUUCAGGACAACCUGUAACAUGCGUAACUGCACCCAGCCAAGGCCUGCUGAUCAUAAUUUUAAAUCUGCUGUGAAGCCUCUUCAAGCUCCACAGGCCUAUUCAGCUCCACCUCCUUAUAUAGGCUCCAAUGCUCCCCCUUCGAUAUAUCUUGGUGUCCCACCAUACGGGUCUUCUUUAUUCAAUGGAUCACCUGUUCCUCCCUAUGAGGUUCCAUUUUCUGGAGGAUCAGCGGCCUAUCAUUACAAUUAUGGAGGCCGCAUUUCUGCUGGCAGUCCUUAUAGACCACUGCAUCUAGCAGGACCGGCCCCAUAUGCAAGUGGAUCCAUGGUGGGAAACGGUGGGAUCUAUGCCAUGCCUCAGUUAUUGGAUCGCUAUGGCCUUGGUGUCCCUAUUGGACCUGGAACAAUGGGCACUAGGCCAGGAUUUUUUCGCGAUGACAAGUCUCAGAAAAAGGGAGGAGAUGCAACUCGUGACAAUGAUUGGGCAUGUCCAAAAUGUGGCAACGUCAAUUUCUCAUUUAGAACUGUCUGCAACAUGAGAAAGUGCAACACUCCCAAGCCUGGAUCCCAGGCCUCAAAGUCCGACAAGAACUCUAAGCAAAAGAUGCCCGAGGGAAGCUGGAAGUGUGAAAAAUGUAAUAACAUAAAUUACCCAUUCCGAACCAAGUGCAACAGACAGAAUUGUGGGGCUGACAAGCCAGCUGAGUCGGAUAAAUCUCCCUCAUCAUCUCCAGAACAAAAUGACCAGUGA